AUGAAGAAGCCUACCUUUCCAAGGAGGUUAUACACAAGAGGGGCUGAACCGGAAGCCCAAAAGAGCAUCUCCUACGGCAGCAACGACAAAAAGCUAUUUGCUGCCGUGAAAAAACUACUGAGUGAUGCCGAGUGGGAAACACUAUGCGACUCGCGAGUUGGUGUCUUCUGCAAGUUUCACGACCUCGACUUCGCGUGGUCUUCGAAGUUGGUCCACACGAUGCUCUCAUAUCAGUUAGAGUGCAAGAAGAAGUAUGAGAUCUGGGUUGCGGUUGCGGAUAGCCCAAUUAGAUUUUCCCUCCAUGAGUUUGAGCAUCUCACCGGCCUCAACUGCGACUAUGUGGAAGAUAUUGAUGACCCCAAGUGCAAGGUUACUCUAGAGAUGAGAGCAUUCUGGGAGAAGCUCGGAGUAGAUGUUGAGCUUGGUCCGAGUCAAGUGGAGAUCAUUCGUGCAUGCGAAUGGGCAACAGACUGGCCGAGUGAGGACAAACUUAGGCUUGGUUACUUGGCCAUCUACACUGGCUUCAUUGCUGCUCGGAAAAACACCUCGCACACUCCUGUCAACCUGGCCAGAUUAGUGAUGGAUGAAGAGGAGUUUGAGAAUUAUCCGUGGGGGCGUGUAGCUUUCAAGAACCUGAUCGAAGCCGUCAAAGAAGCAGAGCUAUGGAAGUCCGGGUAUGUCCUGGAUGGGUUUGUUGAGGCUCUACAAGUAUGGGCAUAUCGUUUCAUGCCUGAAUUCGGAGCGGGUUGUGGUGCGCCCAUACGAAACGCUCCUGACAUUCCGCUCUUGUCCUACAAAGGAGUCCAGGGUCUAAGGAACAUUGAACUCACGAUACUGAAGCAGGUGAACUUUGAUCACUGCAUAAUGGUGGAGAGAGACUUCGUUUACCCAAAGUGGGAUGAGGAUAAGGAAGACCCGCGUGUAGAUGAACUCAUCAAAGCGCUGUAUGGAGACCUGGGCCGGUGGAGGUGGAAGUCGGCGGACCAUUAUGGUAAUGUUUUCUUAGUUACUGUCUAA